AUGGCUGUCGAGACUGCUCCCACUUCUUCGCCUGUCCCUAUCGCGGACCUUACCAAGAUUGCCUCCGAGGCAUGUGACUCCGCACUGAACGGCGUCGAGGGCUACGAGCACACCAAGGUCGGCGAAUGGAACUCUCAGAUCAUUAACACCAUCCUCAAAGCACUCAUCAGCGCUACCGCCCCCUCUACCCCCUCGGCAGCAGCCCCAUACCGGUUCACCGUGAACAGCACCAUCGUGCAACAAGGUCUGAUCGACAAGUCUGCCGCCGCAGAGGGUGCCGCCAGCAACACUGGCAAGCGCGGUAUGCACUCCGCCUCUGGUGCGUUCUGGGACGUCAACCGCGAUGGAAUGUGGACAUUCAAGUACCCCGGUGCUGACGAGCGGGGUCUGGACGUCGUCGUGAGUGUAACCUGGUUCGCCGUCAAUUAA